UCGAGGAGGCCUUCGCGAAGAUGAGGUGAGGAGAAAAGAGGAAAUAGAGGAGAGUAUACGAGCGCAGGAGGGCACGAGACGAGGUUCGUGAGGAGGUAGAAGAGAAGAAACGGCGAUACGAGAGAGAAGGCGGAGAGGAAAAAGAGAGAAGGUGGUGGAAGAAGAGGAAUAGGAAGAAGAAGAAGAAGAAAAAGCAGCAGGAGGAGAAGGAAGAAGAACGGCGAAGAAGAGGAAGAAGAGGCAUCGUCGCGUAGCCGCAGAGAGUGCGCGCAGUCCAUCGUGUACCCGGCAUGGACCGUCAGUACACCCUCUGUGUACUUGUACCGGCACACCAGUACCGUAGCUACGUGGACAAUUAUCAUCAUCAUCAGCAGGCGCAGCAAGAGCAGCAACGCAAGAAUCUGCAACGUCCAACGUAUCUUCAGUAUCAGCAGCAGCAGCAGCACCAGCAGCUUCAGCAAGAGCAGAUCUACGAGAACGUCGUGUCGCAGUAUCGCAUGAGGAUGUGCUAUCACAACGACUACGAGAACGAUGAGCAGAUACAGAAAUUCUACUGGGAACAGUGUUAUAAGCGCGACGACGCCGACGCAACGGCGUAUUAUUAUUGCGAAUAUGCGAAGAAGGAGAUCUAUGACGUAAAACAGCAAAGGCUCUGUCUUGCGCAGGAUGAGUACAAUCACCUCAAUAAUGCCUUAUCCACCCUUGGCGCAUCGCGUACAAGUCUAUGUUCCAGCUCGAGUUCCUUGAGUACCAAAUACGACCCUGACCUGCUCAAGUCCGACGUGGCACUUGCCAGAAGUCGAGUUUCUCGAUUAAAACGAGAACUCGAGCAGAUUCGAGCGGAGAUGAACUGCACGCAACGAGGAGUGGAUACUCUCGCCAGUGUUGAGCAAAAAUUGAGCGGCCAUCAUGGUGGAUGCUACAAUAUCACGGAAGCGCAAGCUAUUAUGACCGAGCUCCGUAAUAUCCAGAAGUCCUUGAGUUCCGGGGAGAAAGAGAAGGCCGAGCUGAUGCAGUCGCUGGCGCAGCUCAAAGACGAACUGACAAGGCUGCAAUUGUGCGAGGGUAGUCCGGAAGCUAGCACGCUCAGUCUGCCGCAGGAGAAACUUAGCACGGCUUCGCAGACGGAUCUCUCGGGCGAACUGGUGCCGAUCGGCACCCGAUUGGCCGAAAUGGCGCGCAUGAGAUUGCAGUACGAUGAGGCGAGAAAGCGGAUCCAGCACAUUCAACAACAGUUGGCGGAUCUCGAAGAGAAGGUGACGCCGGGUCAAACUGAGAGCGACAAGGACAAGCUGCUACUAUUCCAGGAGAAGGAACAGUUGCUGCGAGAAUUGCGGAGCAUCACACCGCGCACGAGGACGCAGCAGGAUAUGAAAAAGAUCCAGUGCGAGAUACGCAGGCUCGAGCAGGAUCUCAACACCGCGUUUGAACUAUCGAACAAAACCAUAACCGAUCGCGUGCGGCUCCACGAGGAGAAGCAACUGUUGUUGCAGCAACUCAGGGACGCUCUGCGAUCGAUGGCGAUGUUAGAGGGCCAGCUCAAGACACUGAGCGCUAGCACGUUAUCGGUGAGCAGCAGCUCCAGCCUCGGUAGUCUCAGUACGACUAGCAGCAAGGGUUCUCUUAGCUCUGGACUAAGCUUCACGGAUAUUUACGGCGGUCCACAAUGUCUGGGAACUGCCGGUUCGCAACAGGAACGACCAGUCGAUAUGGUGGAUCUGCACAGGCGCGUAGAGAGAUUGUUGCGUGGCUCCGAACAGAACAAUCUCGUAGGCACACCCUCGCCUGGUAGAUCUCAGCCCAGUCUCUCGCCGAGAUCAAGUCUGUCGAGUGUGAGCCCGCCGGUGUCGCCGUUAUACGAGAACGCACCGAUGGGUCCACCGCCUGCCUACGAACAAGUAGAACUGCAGAGGAGGCAGCAUCAAAGAGCGGGACCCGUUGCAGUGACGACGACGAUGGUGACGGCUGGUGGCGGUACAACUGCCGCGUCGUAUCUCGACGGGAAUCAACUAGAAGAUCGUUUGACGGAACUCAGAUUCGGUCAACAGCAGGGAGUACCGCAACAGCAGGAGCAAUCGUGCUCCUCCAAUUCACAAGAUCGUCUGAAGCUUGUGGUUGGUCCGCAUCCGCCCAUCGAAUUGCAGUCGUGCAACAUGUCACAGGGCAGUGGCCUAGGCAGGCCUGGCGUGUCCAAUGUACAGUUGCUGCAGCUGCAACAGGCGCCGCCACCACCGCAAGAGCCACCCCCAUUGUCGCCUAUCAGCGAGACGCCACCGCCCACUGGAAUUAGAUCAAGAGCCAGCAGUUCUGGCACCAACACUAGAUCCGUGUCCGCUGCAGUUUCCGACGAGAGUGUCGCCGGCGAUUCGGGCGUUUUCGAGGCAUCUAAUCGGAAAAGACUGUCCGGGCUCAUCUCCGACGUGGACCCGUUGGCUUCCGGCGAGAUGAGCUUGGAAACGGCGCAGGUGCAGAUCAAACUGAGGUAUUCGGUGAGCGAUGGAUUGCUUCAUGUUGGCAUCGAACGUGCGAGAAAUCUAGCUGCGCUUUUCAUACCAAAUAACGCGCAAGUGUACAUCAAAGUCGCUCUGCUACCAAUGCAAUUGCCCAUUAGUCACAUGUGUUGCUGCACAAAACCCGUCGUGGAUCUACGAAAACCGACUUUCGGCGAGACGUUUCCAAUCGCCGUACCGCUCAACAAGUUGUACACGAAGACCCUGCAAGUGACACUUUGGUGCACCGAAGCCGAAAAAUACUUGGGUUCUGCACAAGUCUCGUUAGCAGACUUCAGUCCAGAAUCUCCUAGCGUGAAAUGGUAUAAUAUACUCUCCUUCCGCUUCAUGCAACCGUCCGAUACCAACCCCAAUAUCAGCGCCUGUAAUAGCGCCACGAAUGUCGUCAGGCAAACGAAGCACGACAAACAGGAAUCAGACAUCUCGAUGUAUAGAAGCACACAAAAUACGAAAGAAGAGAGUAGUGACGAGAGUACGAUAAUUAGCUCUCAGACAUCUACUCUGACGAGGAAUCAAGGCUGCGACGAGCUACAGACAGCCGUGACGCUGAGACUCGAGGAGCUCGCCAAUUGUUUGGGUAGCCCCGAAGAAGAGGAUGAGGAUGGCGGUGAUAGUGAAAGCGGAAGCGAGGGCAGCGACGAAGAGGACAUUCAUGGAAUCAUGGAAUUUGGAAUAGAAGAUAACAUUCUGGAAGAUGUUUUGGAACAUGAGGAAGAUGAAGAACUGAAUGAGGAAACGAGGCAAACGCAAGACAAGGAAACAAACACCGAAUGCAUAUUCAUUCCGGAGCAGGGCAAGCAAAGGAAACUCUCCGCGGCUGGCGUUGUGCCCGGCGCUAUCCACGACGACAAGAAUUCUAUUGUAAUCAAGAGGAGUCAGACAUUCUCACCGAGCGCGGCUGUCAGCAAAAAUCAUUACAUCUGUCGACUUAAUCGUAGCGACAGCGAUAGCAGUAUGCCGCUUUAUCGCAGAGGCGGACCUUUCCAACGAAAUUCAGUGGAAAGACGUUCCCUACGAUGGCGUCGACCAUCAUCCGCUCUCAGUUACAAAAAUACUUCGAAAAAAUCGUCCCAUUUACCGCCUACAAUGAGAACAUCAUUGGAUCUUGAAUUGGAUCUCCAGGCGCAGCACGCUAGACUGAAUAAUCUCCAAGAUGAGCUUAGUAGGUUACGGGAACUGAAGCAGCGAUUGGAACAGGCACGCGAGAAAGGUGAUACCGAUCUGGCAACGUGGCUGUUGGAAGAUCAAAAAUUCCAAAAUCUCAUGGUACAGGCUGAACAUGGCAGAAACGGUAAAAAUGCGGAGGAGAAGAAAGUGGAGAAGAUGAUGAAGAAAACAUCGAAAGAGAUUUACAAAUUGAGAAAAACGAAGGCUGGGAAAGGAAAGCCCGACAUCAUCUCUUUCAAAGAAAAGAUGGCCUUUUUCACGCGGGUGAAUUUGAACGUUCCUAUUUUGCCACCCGAAGAUUUCGGAACCGACAGUACGUGUCCUGCAGCAUCGUAUACUCAUAGACGAUACGCGUCGGAGCCUAUUACCACCACUCACGGUGUUAUAAAUUCGACGAUGCGGCCGAACAGCAUUCCCGGCGCAACCACGUCGUCCGCCGCGAGGAACAACAGCAGCGUAGCAGAUCGGAAUGCGAGCGGUAUCGUCAUCACGAAUGUUAACGAGGGUGAGAUCCCAGUGAUGAAAAAUACCGACAAGCCUGUAAACGCUAAAGGUCGGCCGGAAUCGAGCGCGCAAAAUUCGGAAAAUGAGAGCGAGGUUCCAUCCAAGUCCACCGAGAAGAACGAGGGCAACGGGGAACCGAAGAGAUACGAAUACGUCGUCGACAGGGUUCUCGGCGUAGAGGUAUGAAAACCGAGGAAGAUUGUGCGAAGAAUAUUCUAGGCUUCUGUGCGAAUCGCAAUUGCCGUAAAUCUGCUUUUUACGUAUCAAGUAGCAAGAUAAGAAAAGGCAAAAAAGAAAAGAGUCGAAUGAUGGAAAUCGCUGCUUCCUAAUUCUGAAUCCCAGGUGCCAUGUGCAGAUUGCAAGGAUGAAUGCGCGUCGAAGGAAUGAAAGACAAAUGUUAUCGAAUGUGCGCGGAGCUGUUGUAGCUGAUACGAUCGAUCGUAUCGGAUCUAUUCGCAACGCGUGUACCAAUGCUGCGUGCUAGAAACAGCCUUUCGAUAAAUGUGGUAGCGAAAAUUGCGCGCAAUCGCGCAAGCGCGAUGUGUACAUACGAAAACGUAAAUUAUUUAAACGAUACUCCAUAAAUGAUAGAUUAUUUAAUUGUUAAUUAACCGACUCGUCCGAGUGCAUGUCGCGACCGCAAUAUAUUUGCGUAUUGUAUUAUUAUUCGUUCCAUUUGUGCGUCGAAACACAUGACCCACCGAGCAGCUGGUCUGCGACUCGAAAGUUUAACAAGAAAAGGCUGCGUCUAGAUUGGCUGAUGAAUUUUGCUCCGAUCUCGGUAAUGCCGUUUUACAAUUGCGUUCAGUUUCCUGAUUUUGAGCUCCUUGUCCAGUGGAAAUGUAUCCAAGUGUCCUUUACACGCUUAUCGAUUCUAGAAAUACGAAUCGAUCGACAACGUGCCUUAUUAUUGAAUUCGUCGCGCGCGAAAAAUGACUGUGACGAUAAUACAGGAUAUAUGGUAUAGAUUAUCGUGGUACAAUUAACGAUAAUUCCUCGUGUGAGAGGAAAAAAAAUAGAUAAAAGUAAAUGUGAAAUAAUUUUUUUUUAAAUCGCAUAUAGUUUUUAAAGAAUUGUGAUUUUUUAUGAAAUAUAAAAGUAAUGCGCAUAACAUAUUUAACUAUAUGCUAAUAUUGAUGAUUAAAAUAAUUCUAAUGGUUUUAAUAAGCUUCGUUAAUUAGUGUACCACGAUUUACUAAGUUGCAUUCAAUAAUCUCUUUGUUGGAGAGUAGAAGAAAGGAACAAACAAAUAUUUGUUCUUUUUUUUCUGAUCGAUUAAUCAGAAAAAUGUUACUCUAUUCUGACCAAUAGAUCUUUGAAUGCAACUCUGAACAGUCUGUAUUCUGUAAUACUCGUGUUAUUGCAUCAAAGACGAACAUAUAAAUGAAAGCUAUGACAAUCGAAAAUACUCACGGCUAUUUUCGCGAAUAAAUGACGAUUGGAAUGUGUUUUUAAAUCCAAGAUAUAUCCGGUGCUAAUGACAUAGAAAAUAGUCUUUCCAAGAAUUAUGCACACUAGCCGCAUUAAUAGUCUUGGUUAGUUGACUUUGUCUUAUAAUGUUGAUUUUUUCUGCAUCAUCAUAGCUAAAAAGAAAAUUUUAAAACAUUUUAAAAGAUUUUAAAUAUUCAAAUUUUAUUUUUAAACUUUUUUUAAGACAAUGUAGUUUUCUGCGCUUGAUUCUUAUUACUAUAUUUAGUUAAAAAAAAAAAUGUAUAAUUGACAAAUCAUAUAAUUGAUGCAAUUAAUCUUAACAAGUAUUCUAAAAAACACAUUACUCAUUAAACAGAUUGUGCGAUCAAUUACAAUGGCGUUUGUAUUAUAAGACUCACAAAGAAAAGAAAUUUUGAAAAAUAAGUUGGCACCUUUAAUAUUAUAACGAUUCUUUAAUUUGGAUAGUCAAAACCUUUUCGAAUUCUGCUUUAGAUGCGAUCUAUAAUUUGUAACAGAGAAAGUAUUUAUAAAAUUUAAUAUGAUAUAUAUUCUAAUAUUUGUGUGCAUAUGAUGUAUUUCGUACAUCUGUGUGUAUUUUUGAAAAUGCUUUUUUGUAAUAUAACAACACAGAAAAAUUAUUUAUAGAUAGAAUUCUAUUUCGAUUUUUGUUGCAAAUUAUAAGAUUAUCUAAAACAUAUAAAGUAAAGUAGCAGUACAAAAUUUGAAAACUUAAACGACGAAAUUCUUUAAUAAUGCACAGUAUAAAUAAAAAAUAAUAUUUUUGUACUGCAUUUGAGGUAAGAAAUCUUUAAUGAAAAAAAAAGAAUCCAAAAUAAGAGCUCGAUCGUUCUAAGUCGUCAAAAACUUUAUGAGGGAAGUUUCUUCAAGGUAAUGGAUGCCAUAUUAUUUGUAUAUUGAGGAACCCAGUGUACGUUUUGAGAAAGGUAAAAGAGAAAGGAGGCUUAAAAAUGAAAUAAAACUGGGAGGAAUUUGUAAUAUAUAUUUUUGUAUAUACGCAUUUUGACGAUUAUAUGCUAUGCGCUUAUAAAUAUAAUGUAUAAUUAUAUAUGUAUGUGUGUAUAUGUGCGUAUUAUACAUAUACAGAUACAUACACAAGAGAGAGAAAAGGGGAAGUUUGUAGCCUAGUGAUGAAUUCACUCUGCGUUAUUUACAGAUGUAUUUUUAUCAGUGCGUUCGAUUUUAUAGAACGUCUCGUAAACUUGCAAAUUCAUAACGCGAUUUACAAAAUUUAACUCAGAAAAUAUAUAUAUAUAUAUAUAUAUAUAUAUAUAUAUAUAUAUAUAUAAAUUGCCUCAGCGCUCAUAAAUGCUGAAUUUAUCAUGCUCAUGUAUUUAAUUAAAGUUAUAUAUUAUUAUAUUAUUUACACUAUCACAUAGAGCCUUAUUGUAUCAAAAUAGGUAUAAUAAUAAUAAUAAUAAUAAUAAUAUCAGUGACGUUAAUGAAACGUUAAUGGUACCGCUAAGAGAAAUGCUAAAUAGACGAUAAAAACGUUAUUUCAUAAAGAGAACAUAUUCAUGUGCAGUUACACAUACACAUAACAUGAGAUACAGAAGAAACAAUCACAAUCACAGUUUGAUUUGUAAGUAACGGUUCGUAUGGUUAUGAUUAAAAGGACAAAAUACAAUAUUA